GAACUUUGAGUGUUACAAAAGCGAAUUUGGGCUAUUUACAAAAGCGAACUUUGGCCAAUAAAAAAGCGAAUUUGAAAAGCGAAUUUGAGUCGGAACCAAAACGAAUUUAUAUUUGAAAAAGCGAACUUUGGGCUUGGAGCCACUGUACACAUGAUGAAUGCCUAGAUUUGGGUUUACGCAGGUCACACAAGCUCUAAUUAAUUAAUCGACCCAUCAUUAACGUUUUCAUUAGUAUUCUCUUGAAAAAAAAAUCUUUAUUCUGCCCCUUCUAUUACUUUUUUGCCAAAAAAAAAAAUGCCUAAUACAAACCAAACUUUAUUCAUUGUCAUAUUUUCAUUAAUGGCUGUUGUCAUUGUGCUCCUCACAUAUGUUUGUUGGUUGAAGAGAAUGAAAAUGUCAGCCAAAAGAAAUUUACUGUAUGAGCAACACCAAUUGGAAAGAUCACAGCAACAACAACAACAACAGCAGAUAUCUGCAAACCAACUUCAACAGCUGAAACCAGUAUUAUUACAACAGCUGUAUGAUCAAGAUAUUCAGAGACAACGACAGAUGAAUAAUUAUUAUAAGGAGCAAGUUCCUCAAUAUACCCCCCAUAACAAUAGUAAUGAUAUCUUGGUAAACAUCAAUGACGAAUCAGAGCGGGAUGCUACCAUCAUCCAUACUGAACAACCUUCGCAUUCUCCUUUUUCAAAUUUCUGCUUAUGUGUAUACCUUAAUACUUGUAAAGACAAUAAUAUACUAUCGAGUGAGGAUGGGUACUUUCAGAUUGUUGGUUUUCGUCCAUAUACAAAAGAACAGUUACUUAUAGAACUUGAAUAUUCUAGUUGGUUGAGCCGAGAUAUGCAUGUAUCCCUGCAGAUUUGA